AUGUUGACUGACGCGUGUUCCUUGUCGGAAGAAACCGCCACCACACUGUGCAACGCUGUUCUGGAACGAGAGCUCCUGAAUCUUGGCAAACCUGCUGCUGAUGGACCGUUGCAUUUUGAAGAAGAUUGGCAAUUGAACCAGUUCUGGUACUCGGACAAAACAGCAGCAUUUAUAUUGGCCAAAGCCGUUGUUCAACUGUCUAGCGACUCAGGCAAAAUUGCCUGUCUGUCGUGUCCAACAUUAUUUCGAGAGCUUGUGUCACUGAUGUGUCACUCCAACGCUGUGUUUGCUUUCCCGAAUUUCCAUUUCUAUGACUACCGAGAUCUUCUGGCAUUGCCGAGCGUGUUUGGAGCAUCUUUCGAUAUAGUUGUUGCCGAUCCCCUGCUCUUAAGUGACGAAUGCCUGACCCGGGUCGCUGAAGCAAUUUCCUACAUCGCGAAAAAGGGUGCCAAGGUGCUGCUGUGUAUACUGGCCACGUUAUGGAGAAGACCGCGAGAGAGGUUUUGGGAUUACAAGAGCAGAUCUUUCAGCCCAAGCACGCGAAGAAUUUGGCGAAUGAGUUCAAGUGCUUUUCAAACUUUGACCUCAAUACAUUAUUGUUGUGAUCUUUCGAGCGUUCUUGAUGAUGAUGUGGCGUUUGUGGAAGACCAUCGUUUUAUUGAUUCUUGCCGUCCUGGUCCUGACAAUGGAGUGACUGCAGAUGAAGAGGACGACUGCAUGGCUGUGGUGGAGGGGUAA